AUGCGCCUGCAGACCCUUGCCAUCACGUACCCCAACUUGAAAUGUAUAGAGUCUGCUAUGAUCGUCCAUACGGAAUUCCUUGCACGGCCGUUCCGCGCUGCUCCCAGCAUCAACAAAAUGACCCUCUUUGCGCUGUGGAAUUGCCCCAAUCCAGGCUCGGCACUCGAGAAGCUCACCUCGCUGGACUUCCGGGCCAGCGUCCUCGACUACGGCGAACUGGUCAAGAAUCUUCUUAUGUGCCCGAACCUAGAAACGUUCAAGUACGAAGCUGGCAGAGCUGAAAUCUGGGACGACCACUUUAGCCUGCCCCAGGCCCAGCAAGCAAUCCUGGCCCACGAGCUCAGGUUAAAGUUCUUGCGCCUAUCUACCGCCCACGGAGCUCAACACCGGUCCGAGGAACUCGAUUGGGGUCCCAAAUACGCGCCGGAAAUGCAAGAGAUUCUAGCAGAAAACUGCCAGCUCUGCCUGCGUCCUGGGGACUCAUUUUUAUCUAAUAUGUGA